AAUUUUUAUAGAAAAAUUCUAAAUAUUACCCACAACUCUUUGAAAUAUGAGCUCUCAAAGCGCUUUCUGCCGUUUCCAUGGCCAUUACUCUUCUCCGAGGCCAUCCUUAGUAUGAUUAAACUUUCCCGGAAAGUUUUUUACGUCAAACUCAGACGUAGACUCCUAUGUCGCGUUUCCCUCCUCGGCCGAUGCCUCAUGCGCCUCUGGGAUCGAUUUCUCCUCAUUUCUAGGCCCAAAUCCAUCAAGUAUAAACAGUUGCUAAGAGCAACUACCUUUGCUGCUAAGCCUGUUCCUUCUGCUACUACUCCUGCUUUUCCUCCUCCUCCUCCUCCUCCUCCUCUUCCUCCUCCAGCCCUGCAGUCUUCAGGGGAGGCCGGUUUUGCGAGGUGUCGUGAGCGUGAUAAGGACUCGGAUUUGGUUGCUUUGAAGAUCAGUCUUCUGGGUGAUUGCCAGAUUGGAAAAACAAGUUUUGUGAUUAAGUAUGUAGGAAACGAGAAAGAACAAGGAGAUAUUCAGACGUCAGGGAUAAAUUUGAUGGACAAAACUCUUUAUGUUGGAGGUGCAAGGAUUUCUUAUAGUAUCUGGGAAGUAGGAGGUGAUGAAAAAGCUCAUAAUCACAUUCCAAUGGCUUGUAAAGACUCAGUAGCAAUCCUGUACAUGUUUGAUCUUACUAGCAGGUGUACCUUGAAUAGUGUCAUCAGUUGGUAUCACCAAGCAAGGAAAUGGAAUCAGAAUGCCAUUCCAGUGCUGAUUGGAACCAAGUUUGACGAUUUCAUCCAACUUCCCAUUGACCUGCAAUGGACAGUUGCAAGUCAGGCAAGAGCGUACGCUAAGGCCCUAAAUGCGACGCUCUUCUUCUCGAGCGCAACCUACAACAUAAACGUGAACAAGAUCUUCAAAUUCAUCACAGCAAAACUCUUCAACUUGCCAUGGACUGUGGAGAGAAAUCUGACAGUUGGAGAGCCCAUGAUCGAUUUCUAGAGAGCUGAUAAAUUGUGCUGCAGCAGCAUCUGCAGAAUGUCAAGUUGUACAUUGAAGAGAUCUGCAGUAUCAGAAGAAAAUAGCUAAAUAGUCUUAUUGGAUGUUGGCCAGUAGAUGAUGAAGGGUAUAUGCAUAUGAUCUAUUGACAGUUUCAGUUCAUGGUUUUGUUUGGAAUGCAGUGGAGAGGAAGGAGAGGCGGAUGCGCCCCCAUAUCUCCUUGGAUAUUUAACAUUUGUAGGGAAGUAAGUUGAGUUCAUGAACCGAGAUAAAAGGGUUGAACUUUUCAAAUAUGCUAGCCUAUGUCCUCAAUAAUUUUUCUCAAUAAUUCUUCAAUAUUGUGUUAAUAUUGAUCAAUUUUACAAACUGAGAAUGGGAAAAAGGAAAGGAAAAUGUGGGUGUUAUUUGGGUAGCAUUUUGGAAGUGUUUUUGUUGCUUUGAGGAAAGAAAAUCAAAGCAAUUUCUUUAA